AAAACGAAGAAAAAAAAGGAAAAAAAAUAGAGGCAAAUCCAUUUUACACUCAACGCGCACUGUAGAGAGAGAAAGUAACAAGAGCAUUGCGCUUUGACCGCCAUUGAUAGCGUAGCUUUCUCUUCUCACAAGAAAAGGCGAACAAAAAGUUAAACAGUCAUAGAAAGGAAGAAGAGAACAGUGUUCACCUGCGGCUAUCACUAUCUCAAUUCCUUCCGCUGCUGUACAUUUCAAAUUGACGCGCCUUCACAUUUCCCCCUUUUUCGCUUCUGAUAAUUGAACCUAGCAAUGGAGUAGCCGUUUGCGUAUUAGUGCGAAAUGUCGGGAAAAUGUUCUAGGUGUUCCAAAUUCAGCUUCGUCUGUGCUUAGUGAGCGAGUGUUUGUUCAGUUCCGUUGGGGAUUUUUUUAUCCCCUUCCAAUUUUUUGACUCAUUCUUAGGAUAGUUCGGAUUUUGGUGGCGGAGCUGAGCUUCAAUGUGAAUCGCCAACCACAAUUUGCUAGUAGUAUUUGUGUCCUCGUUUGUUAACUCUUCAAAUUAUGGAGCCAAAUGUUGAAGCGGUUCAACCGCAAUUUAGAUCCGGAAUAUCCGGAACGAAACCAGGAGGGAUGGGGUUCGUGUUCGACGACAUCCACGGCCUGAUCCCCGCUCCGCCGGAGACGGACGGAACAUCUUUCACGGCGCUUCUCGAGCUCCCGCCGCCGCAAGCUGUGGAGCUCCUUGUGAAGGAGGAUUUUCCGGCGAAAUCUAUGCCGCCGCCAAUUUUUCCUUCCAAUAUUGCCCUAAUUGACCGCGCCUCGAUGUUUUCUGUAUUUGCUUCGGCGGAUAAUCCGCCGGAGAGCACGAACAUUUUAUCGGCUUCGAGCUCAAUGAAGACCGAUUCGGUGAAGCAGGAGCCGUUGGAGUCAGAGCAUCACCGGAAGUCUUCAUCGCCGGCGGUUUCGAAUCAGAGCUUGAAGUCCAUCAAGCGAAAGGAGAGGGAGAUAAAGGUGAAAGAAUCAAGCAAAAAGAGCAAAAAACUGGAAGCAAAUGAAGCGUCUGAUGGGAGUGGCGAGCAGCUGCCAUACGUUCAUGUCAGAGCUCGCCGUGGCCAGGCCACUGACAGCCAUAGCUUAGCUGAACGAGCCCGGAGAGAGAAAAUCAAUGCAAGGAUGAAGCUAUUACAGGACCUGGUCCCAGGAUGUAACAAGAUUUCAGGUACUGCAAUGGUGCUCGAUGAGAUAAUAAAUCACGUGCAAGCUCUCCAACGCCAAGUGGAGUUUUUAUCCAUGAGACUUGCUGCUGUUAAUCCAAGAAUUGAUUUCAACCUCGACGCCCUUAUAGCCGUAGAAAGCGAAUCCUCCAUUGAUAACAGCUACCUAGGCAUGUUUCCACCAUCCAUUUGGCCGGAGGGACAACUAAACAGCAGCAGACAACAACAGCCAUGGCUCCUGGAUGGACUUCACCCUGGCAGAGUAGAUGACACAUCUAACUUCAUUACCCAGGAGAACUCAUUGCUAAGCUACGACUCUCCUCCAAAUUCAGCUUCUCUGCACUCGAGCCAGCUGAAAAUGGAGCUUUGAACCGAAACCUGGUUCGCUCGCUCGUGUAUAUAUGAGAUAUAUUAGCACGUAUUUAGGUGGAGAUGAGGAAGGAAGAGUAUCUCGGCAUUGAGGUUCGAUUUCCAUCCGAUCAAUUGGCAUUGGAUGGGAAUAGAAGAAAAUGAGACUUUAGUCUGCUAUAUAUAAUAGUAUAGAUUAAUAUUGUAUGUUAACACCUACUAACUUUUAAGUCAUUCAAUCUCCAUACAUCAUGCAUGACUAGUUGAUCUCAA